AGUCAGGAAAGUUCGAAGUUCCAGAAAGUCCCGUAAAAACGCGUUAAGUAAGGAAAAGCGCGCGCGCUCCUUCGACCCUAGUAAAGUUCAAAGUGGUUGCAGUAAUACAUAGCAUAACGCAUCCUUUCACACAUACACACGUACGAUACCGACACACCAAGUGGAUACGAACACAUAAGGCUCUGCUCUCCACUCCGUACUUGUGCGGCGCUAUGUGGGUAGGAUGUGGUGUGGUAAGCCACAACGGUGCUUUCCAUUGAAUGCGAAGUGUAAGCGUGUGAGUAGCUAUACUCCACCCCACCACCAGCUCUCCAAUAUUACUCGUAUUACAAUCGUUCGGUGUAUAUAACUGCAAACGAAUGCAAAACUGAAUAACCAUUAGAAAGCAAAAUGUGUAGAAAAUAAAGAGUGAAACAAAUAAAAAAAGAAAACAAUAAAGAAACGAAAGCAAAAUAAAAGGAUAGUGAAAUAUACAUACGUAUAAAUAAGGAUUGGUGAAGUUUUUUGGCCUCUGCGCGUUCGUGGCCGCAGCGGCAAAGGAAUUUCAGCAUAAUCAAGCUCCUGUUUCGCAACAACCGUCAGCAUGUUACCAAAAAUAUGAAGCAAAAUGACUAGCAAUAUUCCAUUCGCUGAGAAAAUUAUAUGCGUAACACGCGCACAUUAAUACGCCGACAUAAACUCAUGCAAUAUUUAAGGAGGUACAACUGAAAAAAUAACAACAACAUAUAGAUAUCCACAGAGACCGCGCUAUCACAUUACCAGCCACGAAAGAUGCAUCAAGUGCUGAGCUAUGAGACCGCUGUACGUGCCAACAGUUCCCGCGAGUUCCGCGAGUAUGUCACCAAACGCACUUGCGUCAGUCUCGUGCUCACAAUCGCCUUCCUGACGCUCAUACUGGGCUAUUUGCUGGGCAAUUUCGUGUCGGAGCGUAAAUAUCAAAUGCGACUGAAUAAGGCGGCCGGCAAAGGCGUCGGACCGCCACACACGGUGGAAGUCAGUAGCGCUGACUAUGCAAAUCUCAAAGAAAUCAAUGCUUACCAAAAGAACAAAGACAAACUUUUGAGCUCGGCCCAAUCGCUCAGCGAACUAUUGAAACGCGAUCAAAGCUAUCCGGCGAGCUCCAUCAAUACGGACAUAUUCAACAAGUACAUAUCGUGCACACAGGAUAUACCGCCCAGCACCAGCAUCGACUAUAGCCAAUUCAUUGAGCAGUUGGUGGACAAUACGGCGGCGCGGCAACGCGACUGCUUGCGUGUGAUACAGCUGAUUAUUGAUAAUCACAUGAGCGGUGACACGAACUGAAUGAACAAGGGCGAUGUCACGCUUGCGGAGGGGAAUGUGAUAAAACAGCGCGUGCAAUAAGCUUAAAUAGGCAAGAGCAGUUGUUUUGUGCGGUAGUGGGCGUGGCUGAUUAUGAUUUUAUAUAUACAUAUAUGUAUAAGUAUAUCGACAUCUUUCAUAGUGGGCCAAAAAAACUUUUUUAUAAUAUGAAUGUAUAUUAUUUUUGUAAAGAUUUUUUCUAAAUAUAUACAUACAUACAUAUACAUAGUAGUUGCAUCACGUAUUGACCACACACACAUACAUCCUAUAUAUACAUGUAUAUGUGCCAUAGCAAACAGUCCAGCCAAAUAGGCAAGUUGUGUGCUUUUUCAGCGUAGAAACCAACGCAGUGAGGCGCGCACCCCCAGGGGAAGCGACGGCCGGCGACGACGGCGUAUUUUCGCAAAAUACCAUUGGGAAAGAAAGAGGCUUUUAGUGAGAGUAAAUGUUGUUCUAAAUGCAUAAUGUAUACAAAUUAACUUGAAGAAUUUAAACUAACACAAGCAAAUAUUAAUAUAUACAUAUACACUCACUCACUCAUAUAUUUGGUAGAUAUAUUACUGUGGGCAAGAAAUAGUAAGACUUUGUUCAUAAUUCUAAAAUGAUUAAUACUUUCUUCAAAACUUCAUUAGUAUGGUCACCCUCAAAUUAAUCUCCCUUAGCCCCAAUACAGUUGGACCAACUCUUUUUCCAAUCCUCGAAGCAGUUGUAAAAGUCAGUUUUUGGAAUAACUUUCAAUGCACGUAGCAAAUUCAUGUUUAAUGUAUUCACUUGACGUUUUCCCCGGCGCCUUCAUUUGAGUAUGCUGAACAGCCAGAAGUCACAUGGAGCUAUAUAUGUAAGUCAGCUGAAUACGGYGGUUGCAGCAUAUUGGUUGAAAAAUUAGCGAGAAACUCACGAAGAGUCAAUGCAGUAUGCGACGGUGCAUUAUCGUGGUGUAGAAAGUAGGAGUUGUCGGCUCAUAACUCUCCAAUUUUGUACGAAAAUCUUAUAGAAAACGACGUCUAAACCAUUAAUGGUUUUCCUUGUUGGCAGUUUGGUCAGUCCGAAGGAACUCGGAUUCACCGAACCUUGUUAGUCAAAGAAAACUUGAUUUUUGACCUGCUUUGACGUUGCUUUUUCGGCUUAGGCUCACCUUUGCCACGACAUAAGGCCAAGUGAUCAUUUGUUUCCAGAUCGUAAGCAUAGAUCCAAGACUCAUAGCCAGCAAUAAUACGUUUCAUGAUAUUCUGUUGCGCGGAAAGCAUUGUUCCACGGACGUCAAUGCAACGCAUUUCGGAAAAAUUGAGUGAUUGUGGAACCAACCGUGUUUCCACUUUUAUUUUGCAAAAUGGUUUUCACUGAUCCCUCCGAUAUUCCAUCGUCGAUUCUGAAGCAACAAUUACUUUACUUUAUCGACGCGUUGAGCAUUGGUUGAUGUUCAUGGCCGUCCUGGACGUGGUUCUUCGUCAACGCGCUCUUGAAACACUUUGAGUAAUUUGUACCAAACAAAGGUACACGACAAACAAUUAUCACGGAAGGUUUUUUCCAACAUUUUGAACGUCUCGGCACCAGAAAUGUGAUUCCGCAGACAAAAUUUAUUGAAAAUUCUUUGUUGAGUCAUUUCACUCAUUGUGAAAAUCGCCGAAUGCUCUUGAUUUACUUCGGAAAGAAAAGCGGAUACUAAACACUAGAAGUCAUAGAAACCUGAAAUAAAAUUAAAAUAAUAAGUCUUACCAUUUUUUGCCCACAGUACUACAUAAACCUACAUCCAUAAUAAAUAUGCAAAUCUAAAGCAAAAUCAUUUCAACCGAAAAAUCGGUGUGAAAAUGAAAACACUUUCAAUGUGUUUAUUAUUCUUGAAUGUGCUCAAUGUUUACUUAAGGCAAUACUUACUUAUGUAUGUGUAUGCGCCCUUGUCGCUACAUGCCUGUGUAUUGCUGUACAUUAUGGUAAUAAAAUAUAAUUUAUUUAUGGAAAAUUCGAAUGUAAAUGUAACAAGAUCUGUAAAAUGCCACACACACAUAAAAAAUUAUGUAUAUUAGGGUGUGUCAUUUUUGGGUAAUAAUUUUUAUUUAAUUUUUGAAAUGUUCUCACAAGUUUCAAAACAUUCCUUAAGAAACUUGAUUUCGACCAAUCUUUUUCAAUGGCAGUUAUAUGCUAUAGUGAUUCUAUAGGAACAAUUUUUCGAAGAUUAUACUGUUGCCUUCGUCAAACACAAAAGUUUUCCUUGCAAGUGCUAAAAUUUUGUUGGUCAGUUUKUAUGGCUGCUGUAUACUACAGGGAUCCGAACAAUUUUUCUGAGAUUUUACCUUUAUUUUGUACAACCAGCUUUCCGUAUUUUCAGCUCAUUGUGUUAUCAGAAUUUUUUUUGUUGCUCUGAUCUUUCUUCCUUCGUCUAAAACUUAAUAUAACCAAUGUUCAUGGUAGAAAAAAUUUCGUGCCACAUAAAUAGAAAAUGAAAAGUUAGGAAAAGGGGUAACCCUUUAAUAUUAAUAUCAAAUACUCACGUUGUUCCUGUUUUACCUUUUUGAAAGUUUUUGCCUGCUUUUUAAUUGAAAAAAAAAAUCUGAAAGUGUCACACCCUAAUAUAUACAUCUGUAUUUGAACACAACAAAAUUUGUUUUAAUGUACAGCAUUCUUGAUGUCAGUCCCCUUGGCGCUGACACUGAAAACAUUAUUUAAUUAUUUACUAAGACGUACUGAAUUUUUUACAAGUACACCAAAACAACAACAAAAAGUAAUAAUAAUUAUAAGAAUUCUGAUUGCACUUAAACGUGCAGAGAUCAAUGCCUGAAAGGUAGCGAAAAGAAUAAAUGAAUA